AAUCAAAAUAUCAAAUCCUGUUAUGUAAAAGACAUCGUGGUGGUUUUUAAAUAUGUCUAUUACCAUGUAGGCAUGUAAUUGUGAUGUAAAUAACAACCUUGUCUGUUUUUAAGAGUGUUGUUAAAUUCCGAGUUUUCUAUUGGCACUAGUAUAACCCUUCAAGCUUCUUUGGUGAUGGGAGCAAUCAAUGUAAUGAUCCCUUUUCGAGAUAAGGUAGGUUGAUCAGUUAGAUGUAAUUCAUACCAAUUUCCUGCUGGUUAUAACGGAAUAUGAGCUAUAAGUUGCUUGUAAAUUGAUAGGGUAACAUGUCCUCCAGCCAACAUUGUUGCCAUUCAUGACCUUGUUAUCUUCUUAACCCUAAAUUGGCCAAGGUUCUUAAUGAUCUCAAUAAUCAUCUUGCAUUGGUUACCGUUACACCUCUUCACAACUUUGUAUGUUUGAGUAUGUCACUUAAUUAGAUUGAAGACAUUGAUCCUUUAAUUUUCAAACAUUUGCAUUGGUUAAAGAAGUUAGAUGGUUACUUUGCCUAUCCAACAAGAUGAAUGAACAAUGUGCCGCAUGGCUCUUUGAUCAAAUGGAAGAUGAUGCCUUUCAUUACUUUAACUAAACUUCCAAUGCAAAAUCUAAAGGAGUGCAUAAUUUCCCGUAACUUUUAGGUACACCCGAGUGUAUGAUAGAAUUUGCUGAAUAUUUAUCCGUCAUUCUUUUGAAUUUUGACCUUCACAUCAGGCAUUAAUGAAAAAUCCGCAUCCAAGCAUUAUUUCCAUUACUCCGAAUACCUUUCCAUAAUUCCAUGUACACCCGAGUCUACAAUAACAUCUACAUCGGCCAAUUAAUUGGGCAAGUAAUACAGGCAUACAGCCCAUUUCCUGAACUAGGUUCAUGACCAGUUCAGAACCUGAUGAAGUUUAUUUUCCCUCCAUUCUGUCUCUCUUUCUUCCACAUUGCAUAUUUGCAUGCAACAAAACAAUCAAUAAAUCAAUCAAAAACCCUUAAAUUUCAAAAUCAAAACUAUAUCUUUUCCAGAAUCCUCAGUUCAUCCAAAAAUGGCGUCUCAAAAUCUUCGACGAAUUAUCUCUCUCCUCCUCACAUACCUAACAAUCACCCAAAUCUGCUCAGCAACUUCAAAUUCUGCAGAAAAAGUGAAGCUAGAUUUGUACUACGAAAGCUUGUGUCCGUACAGUGCUGACUUCAUCAUCAACGACCUCGCAAUCAUCUUCCAAAAUGGUAUAAUCGACAUCGUUGACCUUCGCCUUUUUCCUUGGGGCAAUGCUAAGCUUACUUCCAAUAAUUCCUUUACUUGCCAGCAUGGUCCUAAUGAAUGUUUGCUUAAUACUGUUGAAGCUUGUGCCAUUCAUGCUUGGCCUAAUCUGGAUGACCACUUCCCGUUUAUUACUUGCGUUGAGAGUCUUGUUUAUGAGGGCAAGUACUACCAGUGGGAAACUUGUUUCAAGGAAUUGGGUUUGGAUCCAGAACCUAUUACUGAUUGUUACAAGAGUGAAGUGGGAAAGAAGCUUGAGCUAAAGUACGCAGCUCUAACUGAUGCCCUCAAACCUCCGCAUAAAUAUGUGCCUUGGGUUGUUGUGGAUGGAAAACCGCUCCUUGAGGAUUUUGAAGACUUUAUAACCUACAUAUGUAAAGCGUACAAAGGACCAAAACCUAGUGCCUGUAAUGUAGUAUCCUUUGCAAGUGUUAUAACAAAGAAGACUAGUCAUGUUCACCCUGUUUCCUACACAGAACAGACCAUAAAGGCGACACUCUUAAUGAAAAUGUGGUCCUUCAUACAAUCGUGGAUGGAUCUGAUUAUCUAAAUCAUGCUAUUAUGUAAAACAUUUUUUUUUUUUCACCGUGUCAAGAAGCCAUAAAGGCUUUCACGAAGUAGCGGUAAUGCUGUAUAUAACGUUUGUUGCAGAAUUUGUUUAAUGCAUGAAUGUUGUCUAUGUGAACCAGUUGUACUUUUGCAAGUCUGCGAGUUUCGUUGUGUGUGGAAGAAGGUUGUUCAAAAUCUCAGCAGAUAUUUUUUAAUUACUUCAGCUUAAAUUAGCAAAUGAAAUUGUAAUUGUAAUAUCUCAGAUUGGCACAAACAGUCAGUGCAGUUUAUUGUCUACUGGUGCUCGCA